AUGGAGAUAGAAAAACUCACAGUCUUGGGAAGAGAGUUCGGUCUGGAAGGAGAAGAGCUCCGGGCGUGGGUAGAUGAAGAAAGAAAGCGUGAACGGGAAGCAAGGGCUACCGAAAGAGAGCGAGCUAGGGAAGCAGCCGCCAUGGAAGUCAAGAUUUUGGAGAUGAAGCUCCGACUUCAAGAGCAAGGUCAAAAUGGGAGCGCUGUCGUAUCUGAGAGUAAUGCAACCAGUCAAAGUGGAAUAAUGUGGAACCUGAGUCCUAACAAGCUGCUUGCGCCCUUUGAUGAAAAGAAGGACGAGCUUGACGCGUACAUUCUCCGCUUUGAAAGAAUCGCAGCGGGACAAAAAUGGCCCGAGGAUCAGUGGGCCGUUGCGCUAAGCAUGUGUCUCACCGGUGAGGCACUGAGCGUAUUUAGUCGGCUAACGCCAGCAGAUUCGGUGGUGUACGAAAAGGUCAAGACGGCUUUGUUGCAGCGAUUCCGUUUUACCGCUGAUGGUUUUCGAGAUAGGCUCCGGAACAGCAAGCCGGCCGACGGAGAAACGGCAUCGCAGUAUUACUCGCGUCUUGGAAACUAUUUUGACCGAUGGAUAGAACUGGCAAGCAUUAAGAAGGAGUACGGCGACCUGCGAGACUUGAUGCUCUCCGAACAGUUUUUGAAGGACUGUAGGCAGGAUUUGGCGCUUCAUCUGAAGGAGAGAAAGUCAAAGACGACAGCUGAGAUGUUGGAGCUGGCCGACCAUUUCCAGCAAGCACAACGUCAAACGAGACUGGGGAGACAGGUAACGUCAGAUCCAAAGCGACCUGAGACCCAAGGCAGGGCCAAUGCAGAUAACCCUACGGGUAGCAAGGGGAACUCCAGACCCCCCGUAAAGUGUUUCUUAUGCAAUAAGAUUGGACAUCGUGCGGCUGACUGCCGAAGUAAUUUCUCCAGAAACCAACGGAGCACGUCCUGCUGGAAAUGCGGGAAGAAUGGACAUCGUGCUAACGACUGUUCCAACCAGCCGACCGCAAGCAGCCAGAGCUCCUGCUUCGUGACGGAAGAACAAGCGGUGCCAGGAAACGCUCCCUACGUGGAAUUAAAGGAUGGCACUCAAGUGCCGGUGGUGAACGCGUUGUCACCCAGGGCUACAAUGUUUCAGGGGAACGGACUGCCAGUUGUACCGGGAGAAGUCGAGGGCCAGCACGUAAAGGUUCUUCGGGACACGGGAAGUAAUACCGUAGUGGUUAGAAAAUCCUUGGUGCCGGAGGGUAGUUUUACAGGAAAGCGAAGCGCUGUCUACCUGGUAGACCGCACCAUCAGAUACUUGCCCGAGGCCAGGGUGACAGUAAGCACGCCAUAUUACGAGGGAGAAGUGAUGGUCAAGUGUAUGGAUGACCCCCUUUAUGAUUUGGUCCUUGGAAACAUUGCCGGGGUACGAGACGUUGCUGAUCCGAACCCGGACUGGCGAACGGAGAGCGAGAUUUCGGUGCAAACACCAGUUAGCCCCCAGGACGAAGAAAUCCAAGAGCAGCACAGCAAGCCGAGUUGCGACCCGGAUAAAAGUGCCGCUAUGCAAACGAGGGCCCAGGCAAGGAAAGAGUCCAAGCUUAAGGCUUUGAAGGUCCCCGCAUCCGUUCACAGUACCGGAACAGACCUCGCCAAGGAACAGGCAGAGGAUUCCAGUCUAAAGGCGUGUUUCAACAAACGCGGCAAGGUUAUCCAGUGCAAGCGGUCGAAAGGGAGUCAGGAGUUCUUCAUGAAAAAUGAUUUACUUUUCCGGAGAUUUACACUGCCAUCGGGGCGCUGUCUUGAGCAGCUCGUGCUGCCUACGGGGCGGAGGCAAGACGCUAUGCGCGCAGCGCAUGAUGGUAUGAUGUCAGGGCACCAAGGAAUAAAGAAAACCACUGAUCGUGUCACGCAAGAAUUUUACUGGCCGGGAAUGCAGGAGGACAUACAGCGAUAUGUGAAGUCCUGCGACGUUUGCCAGAAGACGACUCCGAAAGGAAAGGUUACGAAAGCCCCCUUGGGUCGUGUCCCAAUCAUUGACACACCAUUCCAGAGAGUCGCCGUGGAUAUCGUCGGUCCAAUCUCACCCCCUUCUGAUCGCGGGAAUCGGUAUCUGCUCACUUUGGUAGACUAUGCCACUAGAUACCCGGACGCUGUGGCAUUGCCAAGCAUAGAGUCGGAGAGGGUAGCCGAGGCCCUUGUGGAGAUGUUCUCUCGUGUUGGUGUCCCCAGGGAAGUUCUAAGCGACAGGGGAUCCAAUUUCACAUCGGAGAUGAUGCGGGAAGUCGACCGCCUAUUAUCGGUGAAACAUUUAACUACAACCCCGUACCACCCAAUCGCAAAUGGCCUCGUGGAAAAGUUCAACGGAACGUUUAAGCAGAUGCUUAGGCGCAUGUGUGCAGAAAGGCCCAAAGACUGGGAUCGCUACGUAGCAGCGUUGCUUUUUGCCUACAGGGAAGUACCUCAGACAAGCUUGGGUUUUUCACCCUUUGAGCUUUUAUACGGGAGGCACGUUCGGGGCCCCCUUUCCUUGUUGAAAGACAUUUGGACCAACGCCGAUUUGGACGCUGAGACUAAAACAACGUACGAGUAUGUGCUGGAUCUUCGGAAUCGAUUGGAAGAUUCGUGCAAGGUGGCACACGAAGCAUUGGCUCAAUCGAGAGAAAAGUACGAAAGGUACUACAACCGCAGGGCGAAAGAGCGCAAGCUGGAGGUGAAUGACAAGGUUCUUAUAUUGCUGCCCACAAGUAACAACAAGCUUGUCAUGCACUGGAAAGGCCCAUUUCCAGUCACAAGCAAAAAGAGCGACUUAGACUAUGAGGUUGAUCUAGGUUCAAAGAGGAAGAUUUUCCACAUCAACAUGCUAAAACGGUAUGAGGAACGGAAAGAGGCGGCAGAAGAAGCAUCAGCUACAUGGGUUUGUGGGAUGGCAACGUUACAAGAUCCGGGCGAUGAGACUGAUCUACUCGUGCCCAGCCUGGAAACAAAGGAAAGCUAUAAAGACGUCACGUGUUGUGGAGACUUAUCCGCGGAACAGAAAGGGCAGGCAGUUGAUAUUUUACGGGAGUUCGCAUUCUGCUUAACUGACAUUCCGGGCAAGACCUCAUUUGUAGAAUGUGAUUUGAAGACAACUACGAACCUCCCAGUGAACAUAAAGCAGUACCCGCUGCCAUUUGCAACCAGAGAGAUAGUUGACUAUGAGGUAGAUAAAAUGCUCCAGUUGGGAACCGAACCGAUCCAGUUGGGAACCGAACCGACUGUGCGUCGAUUAUCGACGCCUGAACGACGUGCUCGUGCCGGAUUCAGAACCCAUCCCGCGAGCAGAUAUCGUGUUUGCAAGGGUGGGGCAAAGACGUUAUUUUUCGAAAUUUGA